AUGUGUGUGCAGGUCAGGAACGUUCUGGCCUCAUCCCAGCUCAUUCAGACUCAGCUAGCCACUGUUUGGAACCUGGCAGAUGUGGACAAGGACGGCCAGCUGACAGGGGAGGAGUUCAUCCUGGCUAUGCACCUGGUGGACAUGGCGAAGGCCGGACAGCCGCUGCCCCUCACGCUUCCCGGGGACCUGGUGCCCCCCUCCGUCAGAACGGGGAAGCAGGGGGAAUUGCUUCCUUUGAAUCGCACCAUCGUCCCUGAAGAAAUUCAAGUUGAACCACCCCAGAAGACAAAGAUUUCGUUCGAGGACAAGCUAAAGGAGAACUUCCAGCGGGGAAACGCUGAGCUGGAGAGGCGGCGGCAGGUCUUACAGGAGCAGGAGCGGCGCGAGCAAGAGAGGCGGGCCCAGAAGGCCCGGGAGGAGCAGGAGCGGCGUCCGACACUUUCCUCCGUAAAGAGGGGCGUGACUGAGAAGGACAUCGUCUGUCGGAAACUCAAGGAGCAGCUGGAUGUGCUGGAGAAGGAUACCGUGGCAAAACUGUCGGAGAUGGACCAGUACAACGUGGACAUCAAGGAGCUCCGGGAAAGCCAGACCAAGCAGCAGCAGGUCCUGGACAGACUGCGGCAGGUCAAGGCCGACAAGCUAUGUGACCUGCAGCGGAGGCGAGAACUGGAGUUGGAGAGGAGGAAGAGAGAGGAGGAGGAGGCGGUCAGGAGCAGGCUGAGCGGAACCGCCGGGCCGCUGGAGAGGAGGAGGCAGGAGGAAGCCCAGAAGAGGGAGGAGGAGAAGAGGAUAGAGGAGGAGAGGCGGCGAGAGGAACAUAAAAGGGCGGAGGAGGAGAGGAGGCAGAAGGAAGAGGAGAGGAGGCGGCAAGAGGAGGAGCGGAGAAAGGUGGAGGCAGAGAGAAGGAAGCUAGAGCUGGAGAGGAAAAGACUGGAAGAAGAGAAAAAGAGAUUUGAGGAAGAGAGGAGGAGGCAGGAGGAAGAGAGAAGGAGGCAAGAGGAAGAGAACAGAAGGAAGAAGGAGGAGGAGCAGGAGCUGGAGAGGGAGGAGGAGGAGAGAAGACGUCAGCGGGCUCAGAUAGCUGCUGUCAGGGAUGCAGAGGAGCGGAGGAGACAGGAAGAGGAGCGGAGGAGACAGGAAGAGGAGCGGAGGAGACAGGAGGAGGAGCGGAGGAGGCUGGAAGAGGAGAAGAAGAGACAGGAAGAGGAGAGACGGCGAGAGGAGGACAGGAGGAGAAAGCAACAGGAGGAGGAGGCCGUGGCCAGACAGCGGGAGGAAGAGGCCCGGCAGCAAAAGCAGCAGCAGCAGCACAAUUUAGGCAAGACAGACAUUCAUGAGAAGCUGUCGGCCCUGAUCAGGGGCCUAGAGGAGCGAAAAGGGAAUUUGAGACCCGUCAAGUCAACGCACAGGAAAUCGGCCUCCCUGACAACCUACAGAGCCCUGUACCCCUUCACAGCACGGAACGCGGACGAGCUCACCUUUGACACGGACAGCUUGAUUGAGGUGGACGAGAAGACGGAAGGCGAGCAGGGCUGGCUGUAUGGCAGCUACCAGGGCAAGAUGGGCUGGUUCCCUGAGAGCUACGUCGAGAAGCACAGCCAACCGGAAUCUGCGGCCAGCACCAAGCAGGCUCUGAUGCCCACAACUGCAUCUACCUCAGUCUCUGCAAGCAAGGCGGAGGCUAAUUCCAGUACCUUCCCAGCAGGACAGAGCACUCCUGGGGGGGCAGGGCAGAACUCUGCCUUCACUCCCACCCACCCUCCAGGCUCUGCCUCUAUGGAGUAUGGACAGGUGGCAAGUGGCCUCCAGGUGCAAGCGCUGUGCUCCUGGACGGCCAAGACGGACAACCACCUGAACUUCUCCAGGAUGACAUCAUCACG